AUGGAGUACCCGUACCUGAACACGUCUCUGUAUGAUUCCUGUAUGAGUAACAUAGACCCUUCCAUCACCAGCUCCUAUCCAGACUUCUCCUCGUGCACGCAGCUCCAGGGCAGCCAGGGAUACCAGUACUCCCCCAUACGGAACCACAGCUUCCCGACUACCUGUCCGCCCGGCCCCGCCGCCGCUAACUGCAGUCUGCCGUCCAUGCGGGAUCCGCACCACCAGCCUACCCCGUACACGCCAGCUAACCCUAACCCUGACAUCUACACACGGGAGGAACUCGCGCUCAAGAUAGACCUUACAGAGGCAAGAGUACAGGUGAGUUUAUCUACUACCUGUACCUGUACCUCUAACCCGGGCAUCUACACACGGGAGGAACUCGCGCUCAAGAUAGAUCUCACGGAGGCCAGAGUACAGGUAUGGUUCCAGAACCGUCGCGCGAAGUUCCGUAAGCAGGAGCGACUCGCCACGGAGGCCAAGGCCAAGGCUAAAAAAGACGCGGAGGACAAGGCGGGAAAGGGAGAGGUCUCCUCAGGCAGCGAGGCGUCCGCGUCUUCUACUCCUGGCACGGCGACCACCUCGGCCCCGGCCCCCAUCAUCACCUCCUCCCCCAGCCCGUCCCCGUCUCACGGCAGCUCCGCCUGGAACACCCUGCAGCCCAUCUCCGCUUAG